CAAACCAAACCUUUGAAGAAAAAAAAGAAAAGAAAAGGAAAACAAAAGGAAGAGACAGGAGUCAAAUUUCCCUCUUCUGCCACUACUCCCCUUCUUCCGCGUUCGUCUUCCUCCCACUUGCCCCGCUCCUCGCUAAAUUCCACCGGAAGCCCGCCGGAUUCUGAUGCCCUCGCCUCCCUGCGCGUUGAGGAAGGUUAGCGCCACGCGAAAUCUGUGAAAAAGAUCGUCCUUUGCCGCCGUGGGAGUUGGUAAAGAUCUUGUAUUUCUUAGAGAAUCUCUUCGUCUUCCACUCUUCCUCGGGUUCACCUGUUCCGGCUUGCGAGCUGCAGUGAAUACGGUUUCUUCUUGUCUUUCUGUUGGUGAAAUCGAUUGUCUGUUUGGAAGCCGUUGAGAUCUUUCAGAAAUUUUGAUCGUGUUGAUCCUCCGAAUCGGUUGUGCGUCAGGGUUUAUUGAUUGCUAAAGGUAGAGUUUUUGCCGAAAUUUCUUUCGUAAUUCUCGAAACUAUUGGUCCAAGUAGCCAAGGAUUGAUUUAUACUGUUAACUGUUAAGCUCCGGCUCCUCCAGCCCAUUUGUUGCAGCGGCAGUCAUUUCCUGUCAGUUCCAGCCGAUUCAGAUCGCAGGCCCUGACAAUUUUCAGUUGCAAAGAAUUCUACUGUCUGCUAAUCCUCGAGCUGUUUCAACUCAAAAGAUUGGCAAGGGUUAGGAUUCACCAUCGUGGAAUGAUUGAAAAUGGCGCAUAAAAGCAGGCUGCAGAGUACCGCAGAGUCUGCUAUACGGUCCAUUGGUCUUGGCUUUGACGUCGCUAAUGAUAUCCGUCUCAAAUACUGCAAGCAGCGCAAUUCCCCUGACCCGUUGCUGAUCGAACUUGACCAUGGUGAAGUUCAGGAUAUCGUGCUUCCCGGUGGCCUGACAGUUGCCAGUGUGCCUAAGUCGAUCAAAUGUGACAAAGGGGAGCGGAUGAGGUUCCGAUCCGAUGUCCUAUCAUUUCAGCAGAUGUCGGAGCAAUUCAAUCAGGAGCUAUCUUUGUCUGGGAAAAUUCCAUCUGGCUUGUUCAAUAAUAUGUUUGAGUUUACUGGCUGCUGGCAGAAAGAUGCUGCUAAUACCAAGUCACUUGCUUUUGAUGGUUGGUGUAUCACACUAUACACUGUUGCGCUCUCAAAGGCACAAAUUGUACUCCAGGAUCAUGUUAAGCAGGCUGUUCCAUCAACCUGGGAACCUGCUGCCUUGGCAAGGUUCAUUAAAAAAUUUGGGACUCAUAUAGUUGUUGGUCUAAAAAUGGGCGGAAAAGAUGUAAUUUAUUUGAAACAACAGCAUUCAUCAAGCUUGCAAGCUGUUGAUGUUCAAAAACGAUUGAAGGAGAUGUCUGACAGGAGAUUUCUUAAAGCAUGUGGGCAAUAUGACUUGAAUUUCAAGGAUACAUAUGGGAAGAAUAAGAGUGACACAAGAGAGCAGCAGCUGAGAUUUUUAGAGUCCAGUUCAUUAAAUUCUUACUCUUCAACUGAGGAUUUGGUGAUGAUGCCAAAGCGAAGAGGUGGGAGGGAUAAAGAUUUUAUUUCUCAUAGCGAGUGGCUUAAUACUGUUCAAGCAGAGCCUGACGUUAUCUCAAUGUCCUUUAUACCAAUCACUUCACUGUUGAACGGAGUUCCUGGCAGUGGAUUUUUGAACCAUGCAAUUAAUCUGUACCUUCGAUAUAAACCCCCAAUCGAGGAAUUACACCAAUUUUUGGAGUUCCAGCUUCCAAGGCAGUGGGCACCUAUUCACAGUGACCUCCCUCUGGGUCCUCAGAGGAAAAGACAAAGCAGUGCAUCUUUACCAGUAAAUUUAAUCGGUCCAAAGCUUUAUGUUUGUACCAACAUGGUUGAUGUGGGUAAAAGACCAGUCACAGGACUCCGGUUGUUUCUUGAAGGAAGGAAGAGCAACAAAUUAGCUAUACAUCUCCAGCAUCUUUGCUCUCUUCCUCAGAUUAUUCAGCUUCAAGACGACCCUUACAAUCACCAAACUCCAGAAGCAUACGACCGCAAAUACUACGAACCAUUUGGACCGUGGAAGCAUUUCUCCCAUGUCUGCACAGCACCAAUUGAGUCAGAUGACGAUUUAUCCAUUGUCACGGGGGCACAAUUAGAUGUGGUCAACCAUGGCUUCAAGAAAGUACUGUUCUUUCGCCUGCAUUUCUCUAAAGCCUGCAAUGCAAUUCUUGUCAAGAAUCCAGAGUGGGAGAAUUCUCCAAACUUGGCUCAGAAAUCAGGCCUCAUCUCAACACUCAUCAGCACACAUUUCUCCACAGUGGCUCAGAAGCCCCCACCGCGCCCCGCUGAUGUGAACAUCAACUCGGCAGUGUACCCUGGUGGCCCUCCUGUUCCGGUGCAGACGCCAAAGCUGCUCAGGUUUGUUGAUACAACAGAAAUGAUGCGUGGGCCGCAGGAUUCACCAGGCUAUUGGGUGGUUUCAGGCGCAAAGCUGAACCUUGAGCGGGGUAAAAUAUCGCUGCGAGUGAAAUACUCACUGUUGACGGCUAUGCUGCCUGAUGAUGAGUUUUCACUCGAUGACGAAUGUUAGAACCGGGAACAAAAGAAACCUGUGUAGCUAACAUGGAGGAUACAGAUAGGAUCUAGGAUUUUCGUAGCAUUUGUGCAUCUGUUGGAAGUUUCUGUUGUAUACGCUGUGGUUUUAAACAUCAAAGCAUAAACAUUUUCAUAGUGUGGACUGUUGUAUAGCUAACAUUGAGGAUACAGAUGGAGUGGAGCUUGAAAAUUUGUUGCAUCAUUUCUUCUUAGUGUGGCAUUUUGUGGUCAGUAUUAUAGAUGAUAGAUCCUAUUAUUUGUAUAUGAGUUGGAACAAGAAAUAUAUUGUUUGUUCUUGUA